AUGUUAUCCCUUUUUCCUAGAACGUAUGUGAUGAUCUCAUCCUAUCUUGUUGAAGAAUCUCUUUCAUCCUCAUCACGAACACCAAGCACAGAGUCAGCAUCGAAUAGCAAUGCUGUGGCACCAUCAUCAAGUAGUCAAGUGCACCCCUCUGCUGUAAUAUCUCCGACAGUGCCAUCGAGACCUGGUUGGCAACAGGACGGUAAACGGGUAUUCCCAACGUCAGCAAGCACCCCUCAAGCACAAACAACGCCCAUAACAACAACAACUGCAUCUGCGAUACCACAUCAACUGCAGAAGGAAUCGUCUCUGUCAGCUAUUUCCUCACCACCUCAAUCACCAUUGCUCAAAAAAUCGUCAGUUCCAUUUUAUUUGCCGUGGAUAUUUGGAAUUGGGAUGUUUUAUGGAAGGUGUAUUUACACUCGAUCAACAGAGGGAAGAUAUUUGGGAGAAAAUCUUAUAGUCAGAAGGUUUAUCGGUUGGAAAAGAUGGGUUUUUAUCGAGUUGAGAGGGGAUUUCUGGGCGAUUUAG